GUGCCGUCAGUUGGCAGUCUCCAAAAACCCAACCCCAAGACGCGCAGCGAUAUUUCAUCCCACUCAGUCUCCACCAAGUUAUGACUCGAGAGCUCGCCAGACAACAGAACUCGUCUCGGGGUUGCGAAUGGUUUCAGACUGUAUCAUGUUGCUGGACUCCCUCGCUGUGUCUGCGUGUGGGGUGUUUCUGUAAUGCGUAAAGAGCUGUGGGGAUUUACUCAGACGGAGGCGAGUGCGCACCGAGAACGCAUGGUUCCAGCCAAAAUGCGUCUCAGCGUUUCUAAUGCUCUCGUGUUGUAGAUGAUAUGCCUUCGUAAGGACGCUUAUGCAACUAAUCCCUGGAUUAUCAUUACUUAAAAAGACAAACUUUGUCCAACUUUUCACAGAACCAACAGGUGCGCACUGGCAUUGCGCAGCAGCAGCGUCAGGUCUGGCAGCUCUGGAAGAGGCACUGGUGUCCUGUAAACGACGCGUGCGUGUGGUGAUAUAAACCAUCCCGUCUACAGCGCUUUGUGAUCGCCAGCCACCACUCAUCCAAAUGAUCCUUCCAUUAUUAUUCCUUCUUGCAUCGCUUCUCCAAAAAUAUGGCUCGGAAGCUGAAUCAAGUCAUGUCACCAAAUUUCACCUUCCAAGUGUAAAGCAGCAAAACGGGGUGCAGGAUUCCGAACAGGAGAAGAUCAUAACAGUGUCCGGAGAGGGGAUGGUUCAGAGCCCAGACUUCCCACGUCGCUAUCCCAGGAACAUUGAGCUGACCUGGAGACUCGUGGCACCCAGCAACAUGAGGAUCCAGCUUACCUUUGAUGAGAGGUUUGGACUGGAGGACCCUGAAGAUGGUGUAUGCAAGUACGACUUUGUGGAGAUAGAGGAUGUGAGCGAAAAGACCGUCCUGGGUCGCUGGUGCGGGUCACAGUCAGUUCCAACUAGUCAGACAUCCAAGGGCAGUCAGAUCAGGAUCCGCUUCAUCUCCGACGAGUACUUUCCCUCAGAGCCGGGAUUCUGCGUGCGCUUCUCCCUCCUGCCUGUGAGUGCAUCGGGUCCUGAAGUUCCCGCAGUCCUCACCCCAUCCCAGCAGGACAUUGAGGAUCUGUCAGAGACCGUGGCCACGCUGGGCACUGUGGAGGAGGUCAUGAAGUACUUGGAGCCGGAGCGAUGGCAGCUGGAUAUGGAUGAGUUGUACAAACCUACGUGGCAUGCGCUGGGGAAAUCCUUCAUUCAUACUAAAAAAGCCAGAGGAGGGGUUGAUCUCAACCUGUUGAGAGAGGAGGUUCGACUGUACAGCUGCACUCCACGGAACUUCUCCGUGUCCUUGCGCGAGGAGCUGAAGAGGACAGACGCCAUUUUCUGGCCCAGCUGCCUCCUGGUGAAGCGCUGCGGUGGAAACUGUGCCUGCUGCUCUCAACGCUGCUACGACUGUCAGUGUGUUCCCACCAAAGUCACAAAGAAAUACCACGAGGUCCUGUUGUUGAAACAUCGAAGCGGUGGGAGAGGCCUGCAGAAGUCGAUGACUGAUGUGCCCUUGGAGCACCACGAGGAGUGCGCCUGUGUGUGUAACGAUGACUUGGACUGACCUCAGACAUGUGUAACAGCUGCCACUGGAAUCACACAGGAUGUUUACAUACUUCUGCCACUGUUGCAACAUUCUGUGUCUCGUCCUCUUCCGCUGGGAGCCAACAAGAUUUCCCCUUUUUAUCCUAUUGUCCUUUUGCUAAUUGGAUGGGGCCGAAAAAGACUGGAAUCUAAUAAAACUUCUGAAUCGAUUUGACUGCUGUGGAAUACCAAUGGAGAGCAUUUUUAGAGAGACAAAAAAUUUGCUGGAGCAGAUCUGGACUUUUACAUCUGUGCCCUGAAGACUAUUUUCUUCAGCCCCGCAGAGAUAAGAGCACAGAGGUAUUUUUCUCCUCUUCUUCUUUUUCAGGUCUUUGUUUUUUGGGCAGAUAGUGUCGUGGAAAAUGGGAGCUUCUUUGUUCAAGCACUAGCUCCAGCUGCCUUAUUCCAUCUGCUUCUUUAUAAUCGCCACCAAGGCAGAGAAAGGUGCUCGUUUCCCUUUGGCUCUUUCUCUUGUUUUACAGAAAAUAAUGUGUAAUAUGUGCCUUGUGUGUAAAUAUUUGCAUGUCAUUUCUGUACUUGUGUGCCUUUUCAACCAAAGAUGCUCAAUGAGAGAGAGAGAGAUAAGAGUUGCACAUGCAGAACUGGCUGGGUGUUGUUUAUGACAGCGCUCCCUUCAAAACAUUGCAGCAAUAGCUUCAGGAAUACUUAGUGUCAGUUGUUUGUAUUCAAUAUUUAUUUGUCUAUUGAAAGGGAUCUCUUUUUUUUGCAUCAUGUUUUACUGUGUAGUCGUUUUUUUUGCAUUUUCAUUGUAAGUCCUUUUACAUUGUGUCAUGGAUAUUUUUCAUUUUCACUAUGCCUUUGUCUAUGCCAUUUUCUGUAAGUUAUUUAUCUCUACUUUUGCAACCGCUGUUUGUGCAUUUCAUUGUACCGACCACCAAAAAUAAAAGCUUCCAUUUUCAA